UAAUGAUUCUGUCAUUCUAUUUGUAACAACAGCCUCGCUGCAUAUAUGACUGAAGAUGAAGUCCACGAAGGAAUUAUUUAUCCAUCAAUUUCCAGAAUCCGUGAUAUUACAAAGGAAAUCGCUGCAGCUGUUAUUAUGGAAGCGAUAGAAGAGGAUCUUGUUGCAGGAUACCGUGAUGUAGAUGCUCGAGAACUCCAAAAAUUUAACAAGGAACAAAUUUUGGAAUUUGUGAAGAACAACAUGUGGGAUCCAGAUUACCCGACAGUAGUUUACCAUCAGGAUUGAUUUAUUGUUGUAAGAACAGAAUAAUAAUAUUAUUUCAUUCCAAGCAGUAUUGAUCUGUUUUUGAAAAGAACAGAAUAAUAAUAAUAUUUCAUGUAACUGUGUAGAAUGCCACACGUUACAAGAUUUUCUAAUGCAAGGAAGCCACAAAGAGCAGAGUUGUUUAUA